CUUUCCGCCGCGACUCGCGGCGCCCGCUCGUGGCCGGUGCGCGCGCGCGUCCGCAACCGCCGCUACCGUCUUCCCACUCCCAACCCAAAUAGUCCUCCUGCCACUUUCGGACUUUCCCCAUCCCUGUCUGGCACUCCUGACCAUCCCCCCUCCCCUCUGCAGCCUCUGCUCUGCUCUGCACUCUCCCCGCCGUCCUGCGGCCUUCGCUUCACCUUCACCUGCUGCCGCCCGUCGCCAACCUCACCGCUGCCACCCCUCACAGUCCCGCGAAAGGACGCGUGUCCGAGCUAGGCUGGCGGCACCUCGGUUCCCGCAUCGGCGCCAACCGGGUGCCUGCCUAACCGGCCGAUUUCCUUCCUUGCGUAGCUCCAUUCCAUUCCACUGCACAAAUAGCGCGCGGCUUUCCCGAUUCGCGUCCCCGUGGCCCCCUCUUCCGAGAUCUUUGCCACUUCGCGCGUCGUCCUGUAGCUACCGGGGGUGAUGGAGUGGGGGGACAGGGCCAAGGCCUCCGCCGUGGCGGCGGCGGCGGCGGCGGCCGACGAGAGGGCCGGAGGUGGUGGGGAAGGGCUCGGCGGGUACGUCAAGGUGAUGACCGACGAGCAGAUGGAGGUGCUCCGCAAGCAGAUCUCCAUCUACGCCACCAUCUGCGAGCAGCUCGUCGAGAUGCACCGCACCCUCACCGAGCACCAGGACUCCAUUGCAGGAAUGAGGUUCAGUAAUCUGUACUGUGAUCCUCUAAUUAUUCCUGGAGGUCACAAGAUCACAGCAAGGCAACGAUGGCAACCAACACCGAUGCAACUGCAGAUCCUUGAAAACAUAUUUGACCAAGGCAAUGGAACACCAAGCAAGCAAAAGAUAAAGGAGAUAACAGCAGAGCUAUCACACCAUGGCCAGAUCUCAGAGACAAACGUGUACAACUGGUUUCAGAACAGACGGGCACGGUCGAAGCGGAAGCAGGCUGCUGCUUUACCUAAUAACGCCGAAUCUGAAGCUGAGGUGGACGAGGACGCCCUAACGGACAAGAAACCAAAGUCAGAUAGGCCACUCCAUGAGAACAAGGCUAUGACUAUGAGCAUUCACAAUGCUGAGAGGAUCUCAGGGAUGCACCACUUUGAUGCAUCAGAUCAUGAUCAAAUCGGAGGCAUGAUGUAUGGAUCCAGUGACAACGGCAUGAGAUCGUCUGGCAAUCCUGGCCAGAUGUCCUUCUACGAGAACAUCAUGUCGAAUCCAAGAAUCGACCAUUUCCCGGGGAAGGUGGAGAGCUCCCGGAGCUUCUCCCAUCUCCAGCACGGAGAAGGCUUCGACAUGUUUGGAUGACAUCUCCCAGCGCCCGAGUUACCUUGUAAAAAGUGAUUGUUGACAGCAUGCGCUCAAAUUUGCUGACAUGAAAGAUCAUCCAGAGUGACUAAAUGUUGCUUGCCAUGGUCUGGUUAACCACCCUAGAUGGAAGCUAGCUGUGCUGGAAUCUACUUGUUGGAAUAGGUGUAAGAAGUUGAUAUAUAUAGUAUUUGCCCGUAGUCUAUCAUACGCUCAAUUAUUUUCAUGUAAUCUUCCACGUUUGCAAAUUCAGCAUGAGACUGUCGUCUGCAGCAGCUUCUUGUGGUCCAACCGUCGUGGGUGUGAAACCAUGCCGUGCUUGCCUUUUGCUCUA